AGCUCUCGAGGCAACUCCAGCAAGCAUGACGGUCCCGUUCGGCCAUGGUCACCACCUGGACGAAUCGCCCACGUACAGCCACGGCACCGCGCCGACCACCCCACGGCUGUCCUGCCAUGGCUUUGCGGCUUCGCGCCAUCAUGUCGCUGCCCAAGUCGUCGAUAUGGCCGGGUACGACGAGCCCAGCGUCAAUGCGCAGACAGGCCAGACGAGCGCCGACUGUCAGCAACGCGAAGACAGCUACUCGCCCGAGGAUACGCCCACCAAGCGACAAAAGACCCGUCACUCCUCGCCAGGACCGCAGCAUGCCUGUAUGAUUGCCAGUCCGACAUCCGAGGCGCCAUAUGCGGGCCUCCCGCAGAGUCCAGCGCUGCUCGCCGCCCCCAGCGACGCGUCCGACGGCCACUUCGACAUGCUGCCUCCCCCAGACUCGGUGCAUCCCUCAUGGCAAGCUCUCCACGAAUACGCCCAGUCGCACGCGUCCGAGCAUGGCUACGCACUCAGCAUCAACACGACGGCCAAGAACCGCUCGCGCAUCAAGCUAGCCUGUGUCUGCUACGGCCAGCCCAAGAACACGCACAAGCUGACUGACGAGACGCGGGUCCGCAAGAACCGGGUCAGCUACAAGACGGGCUGCAAGAUGUGGGUCGAGGGCAAGAAGCUCGACGACGGCACGUGGCUGCUGCGCGUGGGCGAGCCGCAGCACAACCACCCGGGGCGCGAGAGUGCGGGGUGGGCCGUCCAGCGAAAGAGAACAUGGGGCCUCGUCGGGGGGCGCAUCGGCGUGGGAGGCGUCACGGCCAAGGAAGAGCUGGCCAAGAUGAACCUCUGCGAGACCAGGGAGACCCAGUCCGAUGGCGAUGCAGAAGCCGAGGCCGACGACUACACUGCCCAAGCUUCACAGCCAGAGCUCUCCCAGAAGCCCGCCACCCACAGUCUGGAGCGCGGCGGCCUCGUGUGGAGGAUCGUAGAGCAAGAAAUGUUGCGCAAGGGCGAGCCAAACCACGGGCGCGACCGCGGCGUAGGCAGAACCGUCGGCGUCCUCCAAGCCACGCUCCCCGGCAUCCACAUCCUCAAGCGCGACGUCUACAACAUCCGGGCGCAAAUCAAGCGAGCGCGAAAAGCAUCCGGCCAGCCUCUGGGUCACGGUUUCCAAAAACCAACUGACGAUAUUCAACCCCAGGAUGAAGUACCCAUGGCCAUGCAUACAGAUCCCCCACCCACAAACACAAACACAAACACAACCCCAGAACUCGACCGUCUCCGCCGCGAAAACUCGGAGCUCAAACGCCUUCUCGCGGAAAAAACAAAAGAGGCACGCGAUAAAGCGAGGGAAAUGGCGGGCUUGAAAAGUCAGGUUGAGCUCUUGAGUAAUAUGGUGUUGACGAGUGGGAGGGGCGUGGUGGCUGGGUAG